AUGUCAAGCGUUAGGACUUGGCAAGGACCAGGGAGCAGAAAACUGGCGGAGCAGAGUAUCGCAAUAUUUUCCUCUCCUUAUCGCUUCAUCGACGCCUACCGUGCAAUUGAGCAAUUGAAUAGGUCCGUCGUUCGGACGAGACAUCAGAUCCUGUCCGUUGAGGAAGGAUCUUCUGUUUAUACCCACAACGCGCUCGAUACCCCGCUAUUUCAUAUCCAUCUCGCAGCUGAACUACGAGCCGUCGUUACCCCACUCCCCGAAUACUUCUUACCGCUGAUUACCAGGUACAUACACCCUUCUCGUUCUGUUCCUCUCACCCAAAGUCUACCUGUUGGCCCACAUUUUGACGGGAGCUCAUGGCGGUUUAAAGCUAUUUCGAGGAUCUUGGAGUGA